AUGGCUCCUCGACCACCCACCUUUCUCCGCUACCUCCGUCUCCAAACAGCUCGAAACACUAGGCCGCACGGGUCGCGACGAACUAUUUCCACUCCCUCUCCUACGCAACCACCGAAGCCAUCACAGAUCAGCCCUAAUGACACUCGCUCUCGCCUGCGCCGGUUCAACGACCGCCUUCCUCGCUUUCUCCGCACAUAUACUACACCCUUAUUUGGAGCGCCGGUCACCCAUAUCACAUCAUUCCUAAUACUUCACGAAAUGACCGCUAUCCUUCCACUAUUUGGGCUGGUUGGUGCAUUUCACUAUGGUACCUGGAUGCCGGAUCUUGCAUCUCAGACAGGCGAGACCAAUGCCUUCGAUGAAGGAGCUGCGCGUUUCGGCCGCUGGUUAAAAAAGAAAGGUUGGGUGGAUGAGUCCGACGUGAAUACUGUUGCAGAGCAUGAAAUCACCGGGGAGAAUACAGUGGACCGAGCAGGUGUUCGAUUGGUGCUGGAAUUUGCUACGGCCUAUGCGAUCACGAAAGCUUUGUUGCCAGUCCGGUUGGCAGCGAGUGUUUGGGCGACACCAUGGUUUGCAAAGUCGAUCUUUACACCGACAGCAAACCUAGCCAGACGGCUCUUCAGCAGAGGAUGA